CGAAUAAAAGAGACUGUAUUCUCUCAAACAGAGCUUCCAAGUGAUUAUUUCUUCUCCUUACCACUAGCAACACGUUCUUGAUACACUCUAUUUGCUACAUAAUUUCCUCGUUCAUCCUUCAUUGCACUCACUUUCCGAACAUAGAUACAGUAAUACUCACCUUUGAAGAAUGUGGACUUCAAGCUUAUUAUCUCGCUCUCGCCAUGAUGCCAGUCGCGGAUCAAUACACUCAAUCGCAUCACAACGAGACAGCAUUCAUUCAUCUCAUAAUUCGGUUUCAGGUUACGAGUCGGAUAGGAGCAGCGACACAAUGGCAGAAGAUGUCGGGGCCCAAAGCACCCGGGAGCUGCCUCCCAUAUGGUUCAAACCUCCUCCGGUCAAGGUACCUGACGUCCUGCCUAAGGCCAGCUUCAAUGAGCAGAUAAGAGAAAUCAAGCUCGUGCCGCUGAAACCAUUCGACAGCGACGAUGCCAGUGAGAGUACAAUGGACGGGGACAAUGAUGCAGAUAUCCCGGAGAAGACGCCCACACCCUGGAAUACCAAGCGCGCGCCCACACCCAUGUUUGGGAAAGAGGGCUUCAUGGAUCUACAAGUAGCGCGGGACCUAGAUGGCAUCAAAGACAUCACUCCUAUACCAGUGCCAAAGCAUGUAAUGCCAUUCUCAAAGAAUGAUGAGAUAAGAGUGCCCAAGGCAGUCGUCUCAUCUGGUACACAGGAACGAGUUCCAGUCUCAGCCCCAGCGGCCACCAAGGAAGUCAUCAAAGACGUUCAGAUCGUGAAAGUUCCGAAGCAUAUGUCCUUCGAAGAUGGCGAUUCCGACCAGCAGCAACCGACGUGGGAAGAAGACCAAGCUACACGACCAUCCCAUACCCCAGGCCCUCUCGAAAUGCAACUCGCAGCACUCAUGUCCAAGGUCAUCGCCAUCGAGCGCGCCCAACCCACAAUCUCCGUCUCACAAGCCGAUUACGCUGCCCUCCAGGCCCGCGUCGCCACCCUCGAGGCCGAAAAGAAGACUUGGGCCACUCGCCACGAAGCGCUCUUCGCCCUCCGCGACGAAGAUGUCGCCAACCUGCGCAAAGUCCGUGGUCUCCUCGCCUCCUCACGCCGCGAUCACGAAGCCCUAACAAAGCUGCGCAACGACGACCUCGCCAACCUCGUAAACGUCCGUGGUAAACUCGCCGAUGCCACCCGCAAACUCGACGUCUCCGCCCGGCGUCGUUCAUCUGGUACAGCGACGCCGCCGUCGGCUCAGCAACCCAUGCCUGCGCGACCUAAGAGCAUCAUGCAAUCCCCCGAGCGUCGCAGCACAACGACGCUGUUCGAGGUCGCCAAGACGGCCGCCUUCGAGCAGAAAGUCCUCGAGCUCGAGCGCCACAACUCUAAUCUGAUCAGCCAGGUCGCGAUUCUGGAGGAGCAGGCACGGCUGCACGAGGCGUGCCACGAUGCAGCGACCAAGGACCUGGAGAUCAAGCUUCGGCGCAAGGAGGAGGAGCUGUCGCGCCUGCGAGAAAGUGCACAUAGCUGGGCGACGACGCAUGAGCCGGAGCAGGUGCAUGUCGUUGGUAGUGGAGUGGAGUGGUCGCGGUGGGAGGGUAUGGUGGAUGAGAAUCUACGGUAUAGGGAGAAGAUGGGACGGCUGCUUGGGGGCUUGAGGGGCGAGAAGGAGGUAUUGCAGAGGGAGGUGAAUGAGAAGGAUGACCAGCUGGGGAUGUUGGAGGCCACGGUGGCGAGGCUGGAGGCGAGGCUGGCAAGGCAUUGAGCUCGCUAGGAGGGUUCCAUAUUGUCAAGAUCAUUCAGCGUAUUUCCUUAUAAGUUGUCCAGAGGUAUGAUUAUUACGCAUACUUGGUGUCACCCCAUAGCUAGUCUACGUUUAUACUCUUUCAGCCGGAUCUCGACUUGGAUACCGUUCCAGGUUUCUUUACUUCUUCCGUGCCUCCCUCUGGAAAGUGUGGGAAAAGCUAUCUGUUCCAGGGUGAAGCUCGCAGCGACAAUGCCGCGACAACAAGCCUCAGAUAUGUCAUUCGACAUCGCAAGCUCGAAUGUGAAUGCCCCCAAAAAAGCAUUACCAGCAC